AUGAAUUCUAGUUCUGGAAGAAAGUAUGAUUCUGGUGCCUUCAAACGCAAGAAGAAACAGAAAAUAGAAGAAGAUGCUCAAUCUCAGUAUGGCGCUCUUGAUAAAUAUGUUGUGAAAGGACCCCAAACUAAUUCUAAAAAUCAAACUCCAGAUGCUAAUAUUGAUCAUUGUGAUAAUGCAGAAGAGGUUGAGGUUACUGCUACAGAAAUUGGUGAAGGUAAUGUUGUCAUGAAUAAUUCUGUUCAACCUGAUAUUUUGGAUGACAUGAAUAAUUCUAUUCAACCUGAUAUUUUGGAUGACAUGAAUAAUUCUGUUCAACCUGAUAUAUUUGAUCCUAGAAAUUGGGAUGGACUUGAUCCUAAAAAGAUUGAUAUCUUGCUGCAAAAGGGUCCAAAAAGAGAAGAUAUUGAGUAUGGUCCUUAUGACAAGUUCUCUAGAAGGUUUUCUGCAUUACCGUUUAGUAGAAUUCUUACAAAUGGAGAAAAGUUUGACAGAGAACUUAAAGAGCAUGAAUCAAGUAGAGAGCAUAACACAAAUAUGACUGCAUGGUAUGACUUUCGUGUGAGGAUGCAGAAGAAUCAAACAAUUGAUAAAGUUGCCCAGCGAGAACUUGAAAAAGAAAAGGAGCAUUGGCGAAAAGUUUUGCUUAGAAUUUUGUUGAUCGUAAAAUUUCUUGCAGAACGUAAUAUAGCAUUUCGUGGCAGCAAUAGGAAGUUGUACCAAGAGAGCAAUGGGAAUUUCCUAGGACUGAUUGAAAUGUUGGCUGAAUUUGACCCAGUUAUUAAAGAGCAUGUUGACCGCAUCACCAAUGAUAAGAUUCGUGAUCACUACCUUGGCCCUUCUAUCCAGAAUGAGUUGAUAAAUAUGCUCGCUACUGCCAUCAGGUCUAGAAUUAUUGAAAAGGUAAAUGAAGCAAAAUAUUUCUCAGUUAUUUUGGAUUGUACUCCGGAUGCAAGCCACCAAGAACAAAUGUCUUUAAUAAUUAGGUAUGUUGAUACAUCUUCUGCUUCCGUUUGCAUCGAAGAAUCUUUCUUAGGCUUUUUGGAGGUGAAUGAUACCACUGGGCAAGGUCUGUUUAAUGUUCUGGAAGAGGAGUUGAAUAAUCUUAGCCUUGAUUUGGACAAUGUAAGAGGUCAGGGUUAUGAUAAUGGGUCAAAUAUGAAAGGAAGCAAUAAGGGGGUACAAAAGAAAUUUCUGGAAAAAAAUCCAAGGGCAUUUUAUUCAGCUUGUGGUUGUCAUAGUCUAAAUCUUGCGCUAUGUGAUAUGGCAAAGUCUUGCCGUAAAGCAACAGACUUUUUUGGAGUUGUACAACGCAUAUAUACAAUAUUUGCUAAUUCUACUAAACAAUGGCAAAUUCUCAAAGAUAACUUAAAGAAGUUGACUGUCAAGUCAUUGUCAUCUACUCGUUGGGAGAGUCAUAUUGAGAGUGUUAAGGCUAUAUGUAUUCAAAUGCCAGAAAUAAGGGAGGCUUUACUACAAGUGGCUGAAACUGAUAAGGAUCCAUUGGCAAGUAGUGAAGCUCAAUCAUUGGCAGAAAAUGAACUUGGUGGUUUUGAAUUUGUAGUGUCUAUAAUUAUCUGGUAUGCUAUAUUAUCCGCUGUUAAUUUGAUCAGCAAGCUUUUCAGUAAGUAUAGAGAAAAUGGCUGUUCAAAAGCAUUGGAAGCUGCAAAAGAAAUUGCACUUGAGAUGGAUAUUCAUCCAGAGUUCCGCACCAAGCGUAAAAUCAAAAGAAAACGACAAUUUGAUGAGGGCAAAUAUGAUGGAUCUAUUGUUUCACAAUCUGCAGAGGAGUCAUUUAGGGUCAAUUAUUUUCUGCAAGUGGUUGAUCAAGCUAUAGUUUCACUUACCAGGAGGUUUGAGCAAUACCAGGGGUAUGAAAAAACUUUUGAUUUCUUAUUUACUUCAGAUAGGCUGCGAUCUUUGGAUGAUAAGAGUUUGCUUGCUGCUUGUGUUAAUCUUGAGGAUGUACUUAAGAGUGGAGAACACAAAGACAUUGAUGGAGCUGAAUUGUUUCACGAGUUAAUUUUCAUCCAGGAUUUAGUUAAGAACUCCAUGGGGCCUGUUGAUAUUCUUGAGAUUCUGAUGAAGCGUCCCUUCUAUCCUAAUGCUAUUAUUGCGUAUAGGAUUUUGUUAACCAUUCCUGUAACUGUUGCAACUGCAGAAAGGAGCUUCUCUAAACUCAAGUUGUUGAAAUCCUACUUGCGUUCUACUAUGACACAAGAAAGGCUCAAUGGACAUUGUGAAAUAGUAGAGCUGCUGCUUUCAAGAGGAAUCAAUGUGGAUUUAGAUUCUGCACAAGGGACGCCAUUGCAUGCAGCUGCUAUCCCUAAAGACCAUGACAUAAUUAAGAUUUUGUUGGAGCACCAUGCCAAUCCUAACAAGAUUUACGGUCUUGGUUAA